CGAACGCCUUCGCGGGGUCGCCCUGGAAACGCAUUCUCCAGGACCGGCAGCCGCCAAUGGGAAGGGAGUGAGUGCCACGAACAGGCCAAUAAGGAGGGAGCAGUGCGGGGUUUAAACUGAGGCUAGGCCGGCUCUUUCCGGCGUGCUGCGGAGGAACGGCUGUUGGUCUCUGCUGGGUGUAGGUCCUUGGCUGGUGGCGACUCUGGUGUUCUGCUUCUCCCCGCUGAGCUGCUGCCUGGUGAAGAGGAAGCCAUGGCGCUCCGAGUCACCAGGAACUCGAAAAUUAAUGCUGAAAAUAAGGCGAAGAUCAGCAUGGCAGGCGCAAAGCGCGUUCCUACGGCCCCUGCUGCAACCUCCAAGCCUGGACUGAGGCCAAGAACAGCUCUUGGGGACAUCGGUAACAAAGUCAGUGAACAACUGCAGGCCAAAAUGCCUGUGAAGAAGGAAGCAAAACCUUCAGCUACUGGAAAAGUUAUUGAUAAAAAACUACCAAAACCUCUUGAAAAGGUACCUAUGCUGGUGCCAGUGACAGUGUCUGAGCCAGUGCCACAGCCAGAACCUGAGCCUGUUAAAGAAGAAAAACUUUCGCCUGAGCCUAUUUUGGUUGAUACUCCCUCUCCAAGCCCAAUGGAAACAUCUGGAUGUGCACCUGUAGAAGAAGACCUGUGUCAGGCUUUCUCUGAUGUAAUUCUUGCAGUAAAUGAUGUGGAUGCCGAAGAUGGAGCCGAUCCAAACCUUUGUAGUGAAUAUGUGAAAGAUAUUUAUGCUUAUCUGAGACAACUUGAGGAAGAACAAGCAGUCAGACCAAAAUACCUACUGGGUCGGGAAGUCACUGGAAACAUGAGAGCCAUCCUAAUUGACUGGCUAGUACAGGUUCAAAUGAAAUUCAGGUUGUUGCAGGAGACCAUGUACAUGACUGUCUCCAUUAUUGAUCGGUUCAUGCAGAAUAAUUGUGUGCCCAAGAAGAUGCUGCAGCUGGUUGGUGUCACUGCCAUGUUUAUUGCAAGCAAAUAUGAAGAAAUGUACCCUCCAGAAAUUGGUGACUUUGCUUUUGUGACUGACAACACUUACACUAAGCACCAAAUCAGACAGAUGGAAAUGAAGAUUCUAAGAGCUUUAAACUUUGGUCUGGGUCGGCCUCUACCUUUGCACUUCCUUCGCAGAGCAUCUAAGAUUGGAGAGGUUGAUGUCGAGCAACAUACUUUGGCCAAAUACCUGAUGGAACUAACUAUGUUGGACUAUGACAUGGUGCACUUUCCUCCUUCUCAAAUUGCAGCAGGAGCUUUUUGCUUAGCCCUGAAAAUUCUGGAUAAUGGUGAAUGGACACCAACUCUACAGCAUUACCUGUCAUAUACUGAAGAAUCUCUUCUUCCAGUUAUGCAGCACCUGGCUAAGAAUAUAGUCAUGGUAAAUCAAGGACUUACAAAGCACAUGACUGUCAAGAACAAGUAUGCCACAUCGAAGCAUGCUAAGAUCAGCACUCUACCACAGCUGAAUUCUGCACUAGUUCAAGAUUUAGCCAAGGCUGUGGCAAAGGUGUAACUUGUAAACUUGAGUUGGAGUACUAUAUUUACAAAUAAAAUUGGCACCAUGUGCCAUCUGUACAUAUUACUGUUGCAUUUACUUUUAAUAAAGCUUGUGGCCCCUUUUACUUUUUUAUAGCUUAA